AUGGCGUUCGCCAUUGAGGUCGAGGGUGAGGCCAACCCAUUGAGCGCCCAUAAUGUGUUGAAUGCCCUGGUACUCGCGGCAAGCUCUACACAGCAUCAGGUUCAAACGGGCACUCAGCAGCUCCAGAACUGGGAAAAACAGGGCAUGUACUAUACAUUUCUACAGGAUGUUUUCCUUGACCAUUCCGUCCCCAAUGAAGUCCGCUAUCUCGCAAUUAUUCAGCUGAAAAAUGGCAUCGACAAAUAUUGGCGCAAAACAGCAGCAAAUGCGAUCAAAAAGGAAGAAAAAGAACAGAUCAAGACCAGAGCCCUCGAGGCAGGUAUCGUUGAGCCUGCCCCUCUGUUGGCCCUUCAUAAUUCAUUGAUGAUUGCCAAGAUCAUGCGUUAUGAGUUCCCGCAGGAUUGGCCAGAUGCUAUGUCGUCCGUCAUCUCUUUCCUCCGAUCCUCUACCCAACCUGGUGCAAACCCACUCCAACUCUCCAGAACUCUCCUCAUCCUAUUGCAAAUCAUCAAGGAAUUGUCCACGGCCCGAAUUCAGCGAACACGCCACAAUCUUCAGUCUGUCUCUCCUGAGAUCUUCCAAUUACUUGGGGGAAUCUAUGUGGACAAGCUUAGCAGAUGGGUUGCAAUACUGGAGCAGGGUGGCGCCGGCGAAGAGGAGUUAUUGGAGACGCUCGAUCAGAGCAUGGUGUCUCUCAAGGUUCUUCGACGAUUGAUAAUUGCUGGAUUUGAACACCCGAGCCGGAAUCAGGAAGUACAGAGUUUCUGGGUUCUGACCCAUUCUCACUUCAGCAAGUUCCUCUCGUCUGUGGAUGGGUCUGCCAACCUCCCCGAACCAGUUCACAGGGCCAUUGAAAAACACUUGCUGCAGAUGUCCAAACUGCAUGUUGAGAUGGCCAAGACACACCCUGCAUCUUUCGCCUUGCUGCCAGACAGUAUUUCUCUUGUCCAGUCGUACUGGUCAUUGGUCGUGAAGCUCGGAGGAAAAUAUGAUAGCCUUGGCACAGGCGAUGAAGCCGAAGGGAAAACUUUGGCUGAGAAGACUGGUCUCCGAGCUCUGCUCUUGAUCCGUGCAUGCGCGAAAAUGGCCUUCAACCCUGCCCAGACAUUCAAAUACCAGACGCCACAAGAUAAGGAAGAGCGGAAACAAUCUGUUGAGCUCAUCAAGUCACAGCUCUUCACCGAGGAUUUUGUCGUCAAUGUCAUGGAGCUACUGGUCACACAAUUCUUCAGGUUCCGCAACAUCGAUUUCCAAGAAUGGGCAGAAGAGCCAGAAGACUGGGAGAAGCGAGAGGAAGAGAACGCCGAUGCAUGGGAGUUCUCCAUCCGCUCUUGCUCCGAGAGGCUCUUCCUUGAUCUUGUCAUUCACUUCAAAGACCUACUCAUUCCCCGGCUCUUGAAUGUGUUCUAUUCCUUUGCGAACACCGAGAAUCACAAUGUGCUACUGAAGGACUCACUGUAUUCCGCUAUUGGCUUGGCGGCUGCCAGCCUGGAACAGCAUCUGGAUUUCAAUGCAUUCCUGGAGCAUACUAUGGUUCCCGAGGUUCAAUCCCAAGAACAAGAGUAUAGGCUUCUGCGAAGGAGAAUUGCGUUGGUCCUGGGCCAGUGGGUCCCAGUUAAGCCGGGUGAACUCAACAGAAACGCCAUUUACCAGAUCUUCCAACACUUGCUUAACAGUCAAGAUCCCUUGAAUGAUCUUGUCGUUCGUAUCACAGCCGGUCGACAGCUCCGCAACGUUCUCGAUCCAUACGAGUUCUCCGCAGAAGGAUUUAUGCCAUUUGCACCUCCAAUUUUAGCAAGUCUCAUGUCUCUCGUUCAAGAAGUUGAAUCAUCGGAGACGAAGAUGGGACUUUUGGAGACGGUUCGCGUAGCCGUUGUGAAGAUGGAAGAUAAUAUCACACCCUUCUCCGACCAGAUUCUGUCCUUGCUUCCUCCUCUAUGGGAAAGUUCUGGGGAUGAGCACCUGAUGAAACAGGCCAUUCUGACCCUGCUUUCAUCUUUGAUCCAAUCUUUGAAGCAAGAGUCUGUGAGGUACCACUCGUUGAUUCUCCCACUUAUCCAAAGCUCAGUAGAACCUGGCUCGGAAACGAUCAUCUACCUUCUUGAUGAGGCAUUGGAGCUGUGGGCUGCUAUCAUCCAGUCUACACCAUCUUCCGCCUCACCGGAAAUUCUCUCACUCCUCCCAUCUCUAUUCCCCAUCAUUGAAGAAGCUACCGAUAGCACUCCCCAGGCUCUGCAAAUCGUUGAAUCCUAUAUCUUUCUCGCCCCACAAGAAGUCUUGAGCGACCGGUUCCGCCACCCAUUACUGGUGGCACUCGAGGCUGUACUCAAGACAACAACCAAGCAACGCCUCGGUGUUAUUCCCCGGAUAGUUGAGCUGAUGAUCCGUGCUGCUGAAACUGUUGACGGCGGCAGUGAAGCCACAUACAGCGUGGUCUCUCGCUCUCUCUUGGAUACUUCAUUCCUUUCAUCCCUUCUAGAGGGUCUGUACUCUGCCUUUGAAGUCAGCCAAACCUCCGGCCCCAACAGAAAGACCUCGCCAGUGUAUGGUGCCGUGGAAACCGAUUACUAUUCGGUGUUAGCGCGCAUUGCGCUAGCAAACCCAACCAUCUUCGCUUCAUCGGUCGCUACCGCGACCCACUCUUCUGAGGAACAGUCCCUCACUUGGAUCCUCACAGAAUGGUUUUCGCACUACGAUAACAUCGGCAGCGUGAACCAGAAGAAGCUCCAUGCUCUUGGUCUCACCCAACUACUGGCCCUUCAAGGAGUCCAGACCGAUGCUUCUCAACCCGCUCCUCCCCCUGCCUACAUCCUUUCCCAUCUCCAGUCAUACCUGAGCAUGUGGACCGACCUCAUCACCGAGUUGGCAGAUGGCGGCACAGACCCCAAUGCCGACUAUCUUGUAUACUGGAACGCACCAGCUGGAUCCGAGACAGCAGUUGCCGAAAAUACAGAAGGAGCCGAACAGCCCGAGUCGAUCCGUCGCCGCGAAUGGCAGUCUGGUGAUGUCAUCCACCGCUUCACCAUCCGUGACUUUGUCCGCCAUCGUCUGCAGGAAGUUAUUGGUGCCUGCGGUGGCGCCCAGCGAUUCCAAGAGGAGUGGUUGGUGAACGUCGAUACCGAAGUGGUCACGGCCUUUGGAGCCUUGGGACUACUUUGA